AUGCGCGACAACGACCCCAUCCAAGGCUUAGGCCUUGAGUGUCCGUCCGGCAGUACAUUUCAUAUCUGCAAAAACGACCCCAACCGAUUCAUUGGAUGCUGUGGCAUCAAUCCCUGUGGAGCCAGAAAGGGACUCUGUCCUGACCAGCGUCUCUACGCUGCAAGCUUCGACAAAGCUUAUGAGGAGUACAUCCCGUCUCAAGCUUGCACCAACGACAAUGUCGAUGUUGCUUGGCAUGCUUGUUCCUGGUCUACAUCUUCUUUCAUGGGAUGUUGUGCUGUGGAUCCUUGUUCUGGUGGUUGUCCAGGUAGAGAAUUGCGAGCAGCCAGGCUGAGCGACGACUCCAAAAACGCAGAAUUGUUUCUUGGUGAGGGCUAUGACUAUCCUCCGGAGCCGGGUUCUACACACAGUACUGAACAAAGUCUUGUCACGAGUACAAGUGUCAGUUCAGCUACCGCAAUUACAACUGCCGCCAUCUCAAGCUUCCUGACUUCAUACACCCUAGACACAAUUUCUGAGGCGGACACUUCUUCGGUGGAAUCAGCCGCUCCUAGUCAGGAGAGCCACGAUCACUCCAAGGACGAUAUUUGCGUGAGCAAGGGUGGCUUAGCAGGUAUCAUGAUUACACUUUUAUUCCUCUUCAUCGCAGCUAUAUGGAAGGUUUGGAAACACAAAAGUCACAAGAACAAGGGGAAAGACGAUGAUGAAAAGUCAAACACGUCCGACGACGGUGGACUGGUGCUGGCACAACAGACAGUUCGACGCAAGGCAGCUCAGACUCCGGACCAAAGCAAACAUUGCUCAGUGCAACCAACUAGUCCACCCGACACAUCUCAUCAUUUCGAGAUACAUCAUCCAUACGAUGCGUCCAAGAUUCCGGAUCAAAGCAGACAUCACCAGUUGCAACCGACUAUUCAACCGACUAUUCAACCCGACACAUUUCAUCAUCCCAGGCCAAACCAUCCGAUCAAUCCAACUUUGGACCAGAAGAAGCCUGAAGCAGCUCGACAAACCGGAAAUCUUCAACUUCCACCUACCCCCCUGCCAUCUAAGAGUCCACCACCCAAGAAUAAUGACGUCCUGCCAACGUUUCCGCAACCCUCAGAGCUCCCAGGUGACAUUCCAGGAAUACAGCCUGAUCAACGCUUCAGUUUUGACCUAGAAGGAAGUUCUGUUCGUGAUUUCAAUGUCAAGCCGCCUUCACCUCUACCCAAUCCCUCCAAUGUUCAGAGCAACACUAGGACUCCGCACGAUUCCUUGUCUUAUGUAAUGAACGAGAUGGCAAUGAAGAACGUUCAUACGCCUAACAGAAAAAGCGACACUUCUAAGAUCGGUACUGCUUCUACCGGGGGUGUGAGGCUUUCAGACCCCGGUGCCAAGUUCGACUCUACGAAGAAGUGA